AUGGUGCGAUACCAGCACCUGGCAGUAAACACUGCCUUGGUCCUUGGAUUGCAGGCUAUCUGCACGAAUGCCGCGCCUUCGGUCAACGUAGCACUCAAAACCUCGUUCAAUUCGGCUCCUUAUCUAGUAGAACUAUUAGAGACAGCUGCAGAUGAGAAUGCGACCGCUUACUUCCCACUACUCGACCGAAUCGCCGAAGGUCACUUCGACCAUGCUUCAACCGACCAAGAUCUGUACAACCUAUUCAAAAAGACGCUGCAAGAGGAAGGCCAUCUCGCCAAAGCAGAAGAUAUCUCAUCGUUCGAAUACGCCUUGUCUAUACAUGCCGCUGCACCCAGAAUUGAGGCACACUACCAAUUCUACAAUACUACGGUAGAGCCUACACUCAAGAGUCGUUUGGAUACAACUUGUGAAACUUGGUUACACUUCAAUGGCCAACAGUACUGUGAUCCCGACCUAUCAAGUUCAUCAGGCAAUUCAGUAGAUCAAGAACGUAUUCUGAACCUUCCCUUUGAUCGCGUCAUGGGUGACAAGCAAAGCAAAACACCUGCUAUCCUCUAUGCAGACCUUAUGUCCUCCUCUUUCCGCCAAUUCCAUAAGACAGUCAGUUUGACCGCCAGGGCCGGAAAGACAUCAUACAGAGUGAGAUAUAAACCUUCUCUCAGCACACCAGGCUCUCCACUCGCUGUCAGUGGAUACGGUAUUGCUCUUGACCUUAAAAGAACCGAUUACAUUGUCAUCGAUGAUCGCAAAGCCGAGGACUCGGAUGAUACAAAGAUUGAUGCCUCUAGUGCUAAGUUGACAGACGAGGAAGUGGCAGACCUCAAGCCGUUGUCCUCUAAGGAAUUGCUGAGACUGGAUAUGAGAGCAUCUAGCUUUGUCAUGGACAGUGCGGAUCCAUUUGAUACCUUGUUGAAACUCACCCAGGACUUCCCCAAGCACUCGGCAGCCAUGUCUGCCCACGAAGUCUCUGAGCAGUUCAGAAAAGAGCAUCUGGCCAAUCGUGAAGUGUUCCUGCCAUCGGGAUACAACAUUAUUUGGAUGAACGGUCUUCAGAUCCUGGCUCGCGAUUUUGAUGCUUACGCCAUGCUUGAGCAUAUGCGUCGCGAGCGUAAGUUGAUCAACAGUGCUGGUGAGCUUGGCUUGACUGGAAAGGAAGCCGUACAAUUCCUAUCACAUUCCUCAAUCUCAGAAGCUGCUUCGACCCAAGAACCGCAGCGUUAUGAUUGGAGAGACGAGCUUGAAGGUGGCAAAGUCAUCAUCUGGAUGAAUGACAUCGAGCACGAUAAGCGUUAUGCUGAGUGGCCAGAUCAAGUCAGAGCAUUGUUGCAACGAACAUACCCUGGACAAUUGCCUCCUGUUCGGAAGGAGAUCCACAACCUCAUCCUGCCUAUCGACUUCGCUGACUACAAGGACGUGGAAAUGGUUGUGGAAAGUUUGCAAAGUUUCGUGAAGAGGAAAGUGCCUAUCCGAUUUGGCCUUGUGCCCAAGACAUCUUCUACAGGAUCCUCUGAGCAAGCCAAGGUUGUAUAUCACUUGCUCGAUACCUAUGGUCUUGGUGUUGCUCUCGAAUAUCUUCAAAAGCUCUCGUCCAACCAAGGCCGAAAACUCUCUGGUCCAGUACAGUCAGUCUUCGAUAAUGCUAUCAAGGGUCGCAAGCUUCGCAGGGAUCGUGUUUCAGCGCCUCUGCAAGAGGUCUUGAAGAGUUAUGAUUUUGAUGCACGUGCUGCAGCCGCACGUAAGUAUCUUGUCCGUCUAGGAGCAUCUGGGCCCAACCCGCCCUUCUUCGUUAAUGGCAUCCCUCUGCCAAUGUCUGACGAAUGGCUCCAAGAGAUGAGCCAGCGCGUAAGCACUGAUUUACGUACUGUGCAGAAGGCAGUGUUUGAGGACCAACUCAACGAUGAAAGUUACGUUCCUGAGAUCUUCUUGUCUCGCGCAUCCGCUCGCCGCAACCCGUGGGUUAUCCCCGAAGAUGAAAACAGCAUCCGACAAGUUAAUCUGGCAUCUCUCUCCGAUCUGUCUGAAGGGAGGAUUGGGUCGAUUCCUGGCUUGCCAGUCAGCAAGGAUACUAUCUCAAGCGAAUUAAUUCAUAUUGUGGUCAUUGCAGACUUUGAUUCGGAAGCUGGUCAGAGUAUGCUUUCCGACCUCAUUGUGUUACGCAAGGAAGAAUAUGAUCAGGUCGAGAUUCUGCUCAUCCACAACUCCGACAAAGAAUUGUCAACCUCGAGCUUCGCAGUUGAUCUGUUCAAAACUAUGAUAUUGGGCCCUGUCGUCUCCUUGGACGCUUUGGAAGCACUGAUGUCGAAGAAGAAGGUCGAUGUUUCUGAAGAAGACGUUGUCGCAGCUCAGGCAUUCUGGUCCUCAGCUGACAGGUUCCUCAAUGAUGUUGGCUUCGCAAGAGGCGAGCAAGGUAUCUUGGUGGCAGGUAGGGUUGUUGGGCCCUUGUCAUCACUUGAAGGAUUCGACCGCGAUGACUUCGUGACGUUACUGUCCUACGAACGCAUGAAGCGCUUGAUUCCAGCAGCAAAGGCUAUGAAGGGUGUUAAGAUUCUAGACAAGGCCAAUACUGCUUUGUCAUUUUCAAAGCUAUCAAACCUGAUUGCGCUAUCAUCGAAGUCAGACAUCCCUGAGGGCAUGUUCGAUGCUUCUCCUCCUGCCAGAGCAGACAUCUUCAAUGGCUGGAUUGGUUCACACACCCUCAUCGAGCGUGGAGAUUCUGAGUCUGCAACCAUCCAAGUUGUCGCCACCAUAGACCCAGCAUCUGAAGUUGCUCAACGCUGGGUGCCCAUUCUCAAGGUCCUCUCUGAGCUCUCUGGUGUUCAUCUGCGCCUAUAUCUCAAUCCCAAGGAAAGACUUGACGAGUUACCUGUCAAGCGAUUUUACAGACAUGUGCUGGAGUCCAAGCCAAGAUUUGACAAGCAAGGCUCUCUUGAAGGAUCUCUGGCCCACUUCGAAGGUCUUCCAGCAGACGCUCUUCUCACAAUGGCCAUGGACAUGCCGCCUGCAUGGCUUGUUGCACCCAAAGACAGUAUUCAUGAUCUUGACAACAUCAAAUUGAGCUCGACUCAAGGCAGAGAUAUCGAAGCGACCUAUGAGCUCGAGAGUAUCCUGAUCGAAGGUCACUCUAGAGAUGUUACCAUCGGAACUGCGCCCAGAGGAGCUCAGCUUGUGCUUGGUACGAACAAAGACCAGCACUUUGCUGAUACAAUCAUCAUGGCAAAUCUGGGAUACUUCCAGUUCAAGGCCAAUCCGGGCUUCUACAACCUUACUUUACAAAAGGGAAGAAGCGAGGAAAUCUUCAAAAUCGAUAGUGCUGGGACUCUAGGGUACAGUCCUCAGACGGGCGACGAGACGACUGAGAUUGCUCUUACCAGCUUCCGAGGUGCUACCAUCUUUCCCCGUCUGUCUCGCAGACCUGGUAUGGAGGAUGAAGAUGUUCUGGAAAGUGCAAAGACGACAACAGACCACAUUACCGACAAGGCCGACAAACUUCUCGCCAAAGUUGGUCUCGGUGGCGUAAAGUCUAGCGAAGUCCUCUCCAAAGCCCAAAAGUUUGGCUCUGGCCUGCUUUCAGGAUCAACUGGCUCUACCACAGACAUUUCCACUCUACCUCACGCCGACAUCAACAUCUUUUCAGUCGCCUCUGGCCAUCUCUACGAACGUAUGCUCAACAUCAUGAUGCUCUCCGUCACAAAACACACCUCACACACUGUAAAAUUCUGGUUCAUCGAACAAUUCCUGUCCCCCUCUUUCAAAGCCUUUUUGCCUAUUAUGGCCGAAGAAUACAACUUCCGCUAUGAAAUGGUAACCUACAAAUGGCCACACUGGCUGCGUUCGCAAAAAGAAAAACAACGCGAGAUCUGGGGGUACAAGAUUUUAUUCUUGGACGUGCUGUUUCCUCUAGACUUGGACAAGGUCAUCUUCGUCGACGCAGAUCAGAUCGUCAGGACGGAUAUGUAUGAACUCGUUACUUAUGAUUUACAAGGCAAGCCUUAUGGAUUCACACCCAUGUGCGACUCGCGCACUGAAAUGGAAGGUUUCAGAUUCUGGAAACAAGGGUAUUGGAAAAACUUCCUUAGAGGACUACCUUACCAUAUCUCUGCCCUUUACGUCGUCGACUUGGUUCGCUUCCGCCAAAUGGCUGCUGGAGACCGCUUGCGCCAACAAUACCAUCAGUUAUCCGCCGACCCUAACAGUCUUUCAAACUUGGAUCAGGAUCUGCCAAAUCACAUGCAACAUGUGCUUCCUAUCCACAGUCUUCCCCAAGAAUGGCUGUGGUGCGAGACCUGGUGUAGUGGCGAAACUCUUGGAGUCGCACGCACUAUCGACCUCUGCAACAAUCCCCAAACCAAAGAACCUAAACUCGAAAGAGCCAGACGGCAAGUUCCCGAAUGGACAAUCUACGAUGAUGAGAUUGCGGCAUUGGCACAAAGAAAAGUUGGAGAAGGUAAAAGUCCUAUUGCUGGAGGUGAUGCGAGUGGUGCGGGUAUUCAGGCGGAGAUGCAGGAGGCGGAUGCAAGGGCUCAGAAAGAGGAGAAUGAGAGAAAGGAGAAGCGGAAGGGUCACGAUGAGUUGUAG